GUGGGGGCUGUUAAUGAAAUUGGAACCCCAUUUUCUUGACAAGCCAGUUUAACCUGAAGUCGUACUCCCUGAGCUUGGUGAGCCAGGGCAUGGAGGAACUCUGCUACAACUUCGAGCAGGGAGACCCCACCCCAGAAUUUCUCCUCUGGGAGCCGGCAGAUCCCGAUACGCAGCUGGAGAACUUCCUCCUGGAGUGUCUGGCAGAGCCCUCCCAGCCGGGCCCAGGGGGUGCUGAGCUGGACAGGUGCCCCGUCCAGCCGGACCCCCCCGGGCGGCCCCGGCAGCGCCGCACCGCCAACCUCCGCGAGAGGAGGAGGAUGCUCAGCAUCAACUCGGCCUUCGACGCGCUGCGCGGCCACGUGCCCACCUUCCCCUACGAGAAACGCCUCUCCAAGAUCGACACGCUGCGCCUGGCCAUCGCCUACAUCGCCCUGCUCGGGGACAUCCUCCUGUCGGGCUGUGACCCCAAAGCCUACGUGGAGCAGUGCCUGAGGAGCGGCUUCCAGAGCCCCCAGCGAGCCGCCUGGAACACGAGUGAUCUGACAGCCCGCCUGUCCUGGGUAAAGUGGGAUUAAGAAAAGGCCUUUAAAGGCAGCAAAACCUGAGUGGUUUUGCUCAAGAGCAAAACUUGGAGUGCUGCACAUCAGCUGCUCAAUUCCCAGCGCUGCAAGCGAGAACCCGGGGCCAACAACCUCACUCAUUGUCCCAGAGCACUUUCCCACCACAUCUCCAGCACCCAGCCCCUUUCUCUGUUGAUUCCUUGCUCUUUAGGGCCUUCUACUUCUCUCUCUCACUGCUGAUAGACCUGCACUUGCUUAAA